CAAAAUGAUACGAACCUAUAAUUUUGCGAUACUCUGCGCCAUGGUCAUACUCGGCAGCGGGGUUCAAAUCAACGAAGUUGAAGGUCGAAAAUCGUUGCCCCGUAACAUCUCGAAGACUAUCGAUGCAAGGGCAAGCAUCGCGAAGGUCCCAUGGCAAGUCAGUUUGAUGAUGGUUUCAGAAAAUUCCGGAGUAUUCUAUCAAUGCAGCGGAAGUAUAAUUUCAUCGCAUUGGAUAGUCACUGCGGCGAGCUGCGUUUGUGCAAACGCGAAGAAACUAGAGUCAUGGAACUUCGUUUCGGCCGGUUCCAGUGAUUAUAAGAAACGAUCGCGUCACAAAAUCGUCCAACAAAUUUGUCAUCCACUUUAUAAAACACGAUUGGAGACUCAUUUAAUAGGCGUCCACGAUAUCGCUCUUCUACGAGUCGAGGAACCCUUCAUAUUUGACAGGACUAGACAACCAAUUCCACUUUACAAUGGAGCUUUUGAAACCGUGGCCCAAUCACUGGCAAAUACCAGUGGCUGGGGGGGUACCGUCGCCCAGCGGCAUAAUGAGAUGUUCCACAAACUCAGAUUCGCAACAAUGAAAAUAAUUUCGAAAGCGGAACACGAUGCCUUGACAUCGAAAAUUUAUCCGAAGAACCCACCUACUGGCCAAAUUUGGGCGAAGCCGCUAUCAGGUAUCGUCUGUUACAAAGACUCCGGUGCACCUCUUACCAUUAAUGGAACUCUCGUCGGUAUCGCUUCUUGGCUAUCCAGGAACUACUGCACCACCGAUCAUCCAGCACUUUAUACCGAGGUUGCACCUCAUCGCUCCUGGAUUUUGGAAAACACGUUACCUUCAAUAUCAAGCAGCGUUCAACCACCACCCUAACAAAUAUAUUAUCGCGCGGCUAUUGGUAACCCCCAAUUUGAGUGUCAUCUUGACCUCUGUGGUGGCCACAUAUUCAAUUGCUCAAAACCAGUCGCUGCCUGGGCUUUUCUAUAAGGAUGUAUAUAAAAAAUGGAUGCUCAUUCCCAGUCAAUUUGCUAAACCAUGCCCCCAUGAUGUUUCCCAAUAGUACAAUAAAUGAAAAUUUGUAGAAAAAUGUGUAUAUUCUUGCUGAAAAUAAAUAGGAAUUUGUCUACUUAUUUAA